UCAAACUCGCCGACCCAACGUCGAUGGACGCAGGCCACUUCCGGCGUAGCCAUGGCUGCUAACGCUACCACUAACCCGUCGCAGCUGCUGCCUCUAGAACUUGUGGACAAGUGUAUAGGAUCAAGAAUUCACAUUGUGAUGAAGAGUGAUAAGGAAAUUGUUGGCACGCUUCUAGGAUUUGAUGACUUUGUCAAUAUGGUACUGGAAGAUGUCACUGAGUUUGAAAUCACACCAGAAGGAAGAAGGAUUACUAAAUUAGAUCAGAUUUUGCUAAAUGGAAAUAAUAUAACAAUGCUGGUUCCUGGAGGAGAAGGCCCUGAAGUAUGAAUGGAUUUCCUUGACACAUGCUAGAUUCUGUUUUGUCUCGUAAUGACAACAAAAUAGACAUUUUUUUUUAACCUUUUAAUAUUUGGAUUCUGUGAAACUAAGUUUCCCGUUAAAGGGAAGUGCUUUGAAGAUGCAUUGUAAAUGCCCAUUUUUAAGUUAAUCAUGAUUAUCUUGGAAAAAGAAGAACAGUUUGUUCUUUGAAGACUAAAAUAAAGGUGUUUUUGGUUAACUCUCAA